AUGGGGAGUCUCCUGACGUCAGUUUAUAACUUCAAAACCCCCAUGAAGGAUCGCUAUAGAUUGGAAUCAGUUCAUCGGGUGGGGAAAGCGGAGGAACUGGUCUUCCAGCUCUUCCAGCUCCACGCCCAGCCCUCAGCUGAGCCUGAUCUGAGGCUAGUCCUGGCACGUGGGCCCUGCCGGAGCCGGCACUGGCUCAGUGGAAGGCAAACUGUGGCUGCAAAUGUGCCCCCUGAAGAUCAAGACGGUUCUGGAGAUGACUCUGACAACUUCUCUGGCUCAGGUGCAGAUGCUUUGCAAGAUAUCGCCUUGUCACAUCAGACCCCCUCCACCUGGAAAGACAUGUGGCUCCUGACCACCAUGCCCACCACUCCUGAGCCCUCAGAGACCAUUGCAGCCUCCAUCCUGCCCGACCUGAAGGAGCAUGUGGAGGAAGCAUCUGUGCAUCUGACAGAGGUGGAGCCCGAUCCUCUAGCCCCAGAGAAAGGGACAUCCCACCCGCCCAGUGAGACCACCCAGCACCCAACCACCCACCGGGCCUCCACAGCAAGAGCCAGCACGGCCCAAGCACCUGCCACCACCCAUCCUUCCAAGGACCUGCAGCCAGGCCACCCUGAGACCUUACCUCCUAAAGGACGUGGCCACUUCCACCCUCCAGCUCCCGGCCUGGAGAACGGAGCCCCUCCUGCCACGGAGAAGGCUGCUGAGGAUGGCACCUCCAGUCAGUUCCCAGUGGAAGAGAGCUCUGGAGAGCUGGACUUCGUCUUUGAAACACCUGGGGACAACACAGGUGUGGUUUCUGUGGAGUCUGACCCUCGGAACCAGUCCCCCGUGGAUCAGGGGGCCACGGGGGCCUCACAGGGCCUUCUGGACAGGAAGGAAGUUUUGGGAGGGGUCAUUGCCGGAGGCCUGGUGGGGCUCAUCUUUGCUGUGUGCCUGGUGGGUUUCAUGCUGUAUCGAAUGAAGAAGAAGGAUGAGGGUAGCUACUCCUUGGAGGAGCCCAAACAAGCCAACGGCGGAGCCUACCAGAAGCCCACCAAGCAGGAGGAGUUCUACGCCUGA